AUGGCGGGCAGAAUGGUGCUGUACAAGCUGGUGGUGCUGGGCGAUGGUGGUGUUGGCAAGACGGCCUUGACCAUUCAGCUGUGUUUGCAGCAUUUCGUCGAGACGUACGACCCGACAAUUGAGGAUUCGUACCGCAAGCAGGUUGUCAUCGAUGGCCAGCCCUGCAUGCUCGAGGUCCUCGACACGGCCGGCCAGGAGGAAUACACAGCGCUGCGAGACCAAUGGAUCCGAGACGGUGAAGGCUUUGUUCUAGUCUACAGCAUCGCAUCCCGCUCGUCCUUUACCCGCAUCAAGCGCUUCCACCACCAGAUCCAGCGCGUCAAGGAGUCUCUGCCUGUGCCCAUCAUGCUUGUGGGCAACAAGAGCGACAGAGUCACCGAGCGGGAGGUAUCGACCCAGGAGGGACACGCCCUGGCUCGGGAGCUUGGCUGCGAGUUUGUCGAGGCCUCGGCCAAAAACUGCAUCAAUGUCGAAAAGGCCUUUUACGACGUCGUUAGGAUUCUACGCCGACAGCGCCAGCAGGCCUCGCGACCGCCUGCGGGCGCAAGCGGCCGCGCUCGAACAAGCAAUGGCGAUGUAGGCGGCGGAGGCCGAGACACGCACAAGUAUCGGCGCGGCAAGGACGGCGACAAGGGCAAGUCCAAGUGCAUCGUGUUAUGA